AUGCUUGAGGGAGUGGAUUUUUUAUGUUUUUGUUGUUGUGAUGCCUCUAAAAAAUAUGCGUCUCAUUUUGUUUAUAUGUAUAUAUAUAUGGCGGUAAAACAAUAUGUUUUUUUUUUUGUUGUUAUUUGCCUGUUGUGGUUGUGUAGUGACCGCCCCUCACUCCGCUGCAGGUGGAGGGCCAUGUCGAAAAAGGCACGUGCGGCGCCGCCAUCGGAGCCGUCUGUUGUCUCACCGAUUGCUUUUGAAAAGUCUUACAUGAUAUGCCUGCGCACUGCGGAUGACCGUCUGUUCUUGGUGGAUCGCAACUGCGCCAUGGUGAGUGGGGUGAUUCGGUCUGCAAUGCGAAAGGAGAGUCAUAACGGCGAUGCCGUCACCAGUAGCGUCACUACACCCCCAGAGGCAUAUGAGAUGACAACCAUUGGGACGGAGAAUCACGAGACGAUCAGGUUGGAAGAAAUUAGCGGUGACCUGCUGGAGCUUGGGCUGGAGAUGAUGUACUUCAAGUAUAGGUACGAUGGAGACCCGGAAAGGCGUCCUCUGGAACCGCAACACUCCCCAGAGAACAGGCAUAAACUGGCGGCUCUGAGUGUGUUGCUGGAUAUGUAG